AUGUCGGCGGCGCAGGAUGUCGGACAUCCACAACCCAGUUCUUCCAGUCUAGACUCUCAGAACGGCCACCAAGGCGAUGUCGGCAAUUCGUAUCAAUAUUCUGAGCUGCUCAGCUCUGGAAAUAUUCGGUUGCUUCGUCUGCUGCCUCAUGGUGAUAGAUAUGCCCCGCUUCAGUGUCAGCUGUUUGACUACCCCAUGCAGGAGCUGGAGGAUGGGCCGCACAUGUAUGAAGCCUUGUCAUAUGUCUGGGGAAGCUCGGAGAAGCCUUACACAAUCUACAUCAACGAAAACAGUAUGGAUAUUACUGCAAAUCUUCAUGAAGUGCUAGUACGCCUUCGAGAUCGAAUGAUUGAGCGAGUGUUAUGGAUAGACGCCAUCUGUAUUGACCAAAGCAACACUGCAGAGCGCGGAAAUCAAAUCCGGCAUAUGGCAGAGAUAUAUUGCAAGGCAAAUCGUGUGAUUGUAUGGCUUGGGGAAAGCACAGAUGACAGCGACCAAGUUCUCAAGAGCAUACGAACGGCUGCGGAUGAAGAAGUCCCCAGGUCUUCCGAGAGCAAGGUUGAUGGGCAGGCUAUUUUAACCAUGCUGAAGCGACCCUGGUUUCGGCGCAUAUGGGUGCUUCAAGAAAUUGCCGCCGCUCAGAACAUCAUCAUUAUGUGUGGAUCUACAAGGAUUGAUGGAUAUGCUUUUUGUCUAGGGCUACCAUCGCUUCUCUCUUACGCAGAUAUCCCAGACCAUAUACGCUCAGUAACAUAUCUUAUGAGAGGCUCCAUAUUCCGGCCGAAAUACAGCCUUAAUAUGUCGGGCGAUGUAUCAUUAGAUAUCCGCCCUCUCGGCGAGCUCAUAGACAUGUACCACGCUCACGAAGCUACUGAGCGCCACGACAAGAUUUUCGCUUUGCUGGGUAUGAGUUCAGACAACCCGACUACCGGUGGACUGGUACCCAACUACACAAUUUCCUGGGACGAGCUCAUGGCGCAAGCUGUCAGGUUUAUACUUGGGGAAAAUGUGCUCAUCAGGACUUGGGCACAUUUGCAAGCAGCAGUUAUAUCUGCCAAAGGCUAUGUAAUUGGCAGUGUGACUUCAGUGCGAUCAACCGAGGGCACUUACCGCAACGACAGGCAAAUCUUGAACAUUAAGACAAAGGAUAAUACCAGUCUCUCGUGGACAGUGCAAGCUACAGCAAAACCAAUUCAAGUUGGUGAUAUUUGCUGCCACCUAUCUGGCGCUGCAAAACCAAUGAUUAUUAGAUCAUGUACAGACUACUUUUCGGUAAUCAUGACUGGCUUCAUGCCUCCAAAUUAUGAAGCGCAAAGUAAGAGCUUUGAUCAAUCACAAGAGCCAACAAACACGUCCCAACACGAAUUUCUUCUCAUAUGGGAUUGGGAUACUUCCUCUGAAAAGACGUCGGAUGGAAAAUAUGAUACAUGGUUGAGCAGCCGAGUUCCCGGUGACCAACCAGAAGAGUCAGAAUGUCAGCCUGACGAGCAAACACGAUUAUGGAAUGCAGUCAUGAUUAUGAGCGAUGCAGGAAGCAACAAAAGUCUUGUCAUCGAUACGCUUCAAGAAAUGAAAGAAACUUAUACAAAAGCGUUUGGAGAAGCAGAUGCACGUACACUAGCCUGUAUAAGCAAACUCUCCCUGGCAUAUGGGAGAGCUGGGCAUAUCUGGGAAGCGGAAAUUGAGUUUUGGUGUAUGAUUUGGGCCAAGAUGGACUUGCAGGAUGGAUACCAAAAUGUCAUCCGAGAUUUGAGCAGCUUUGGAGCAAUGUGGAAGGGUCAUGGCCAAUCUUACAGAGCCACGAAUCUGGAGAAGACAGCCGACCUGCUAAUAUCGCUGGGUAGUUUUCCACUCACAGCGGAGGAAGUGAUCGAAGCAAUAAGGGCCAUUUAUCCGGAAUUAGCCAUAUCUCUCGUGAGACGAAGACUCAGACACAACCGAAGAGUUAGACAGACGGUUACGGAGGCUGAGGAGAGAGCCAGAGAUAUGCUAAAAGUCAAUCAACAUUUCGCCCGGAAAAGUCUGGAUACGGAAAAUAUUGAGGGAUUACUUAUGGAAGCUAUAGAACAAGGGAACGUUGAAGCGACAUUCCUCUUGCUUUGUCAAAAAGAAGUUGAGGUAGCAGAAGACAUGGUUAUAAAGGCGAUAAAGAAGUACGACGAUUCAACAGCCUGGUGCUUGCUCGGAAGAGAAAAAGGCAGCAUUCAGAUCACAGAAAGAGUCGUCAUUGCCGCAGCAAUAAAGAGCAGCGAGUCGGUACUACAGUAUCUACUCGAGAGACACAGAGACAAGGUUCUCAUCACAGAAGAAGUGGUUAUUGCGGCAGUGCAGAACAAAGAACGCUCGGUAUUAAACUAUCUGCUCGAGAGGUGGGGUAGCGAGAUCCUGAUUACACAAAAGGUGGCCAUUGCAGCAGCGAAAAACGGAUAUUUUCCCGCGCUGAAAAUCCUACUUCAUGAGAAGGGGAGCGAGAUUGAAGUCACAGAAGACGUGGUCCUGGCUGCGGCAUAUAAUAUGGAGAAGACGGUACUGCAUAUGUUGCUGCAGGAGAGAGGAGACGAGAUCCAGAUUACGACAGCGGCAAUUCAAGCUGCGAGAAGAAAUGGGAAUACUUUGGCGUUGCAGUACUUGCUAAAUAAGAAGAGGGAAGAGAGGGAACGCAGUCUCAAAGAUAGUAGCGGGUAGAGUUACUAAUAUCCAUGAUGGCGAAUAUAUUGGCAGAUAAUAC